AUGGCAAACAAUGAGGCGUUCAGGAGCUUCACGGUACCAUUCGUGACACACGAGCCGAGUCGGCGACCAACUGCUGACAGCAUCCUGAACGAGCAGUUUUCAGCGUUACGCAUGGAGGAAUUGCUGGAGGAGGACGACAGAAAGGAGGAGGAGAAGGAGGAGGAAAAGAAGGAGGAGGAGGAGAAGGAGGAAGAGAAGAACGAGAAGAAUGAGAAGAACGAGAAGAACGAAAAGAACGAGAAGCAGGAAAGAAAGGAGGAGAGCGAGAAGGAGGUGGAGGAAGAGAGCGAGAAAAAGGAGAAAAAAGAGGUGGAGACGUAG